AUGAAUAAGCUACCUUCCAAGCUUGGGGGUUACCGCCGGUACGGAGCUUUGUAUGGUGACCUAAACGACAUUGUGUGGAACUCUCGGACGGAGGAGUCAUUUGAAGAUGAUUGGGCUGAUUUUAUAGAUGAGUACAACUUACAUAACAACACAUGGCUGUCAGUAAGUUUGGAGCACGCAUUCUACGGUGGAUACUUACACAGUAAAACUAGCUUGGUCCAAUUUGUUCAUGAAUAUGACAAUGUGCUUGGAGUCAAGGAGCAGAGGGAACUGGAGGAUGAUGCUAUGACUCGAGGGGGAGUUUCUGCAAUUGAUGAACAGGUUCCAUUGGUCUGCGUGAAGGUGGAAGAGGAGAAACUACUCAACGAUACUAUUCUAUGCAUUCCGUAUGAUGUUCACUUUGACCGUUCCACACAGGAGCUUCGUUGUGAGUGCAAUCUUUUUGAGAGUUCAAGUGUGUUGUGCUGUCACUGCGUUGAAGUUUACCAUUCGUAUAAAGUGUACAAAGUACCUUCCUGUUAUGUUCUUCCUCGAUGGAGCAAGAAGAUAAAGCGCAAGCAUACGUAUGUCAAAAGUAGCCAUGAUGUCAGUCAGUCGGAUGAGAGUCAUGUUGCAUUCAGGGGACUGUGUGCACACUUCUAUAAUGUUGCUCAAGAGUUCGUCGGUGACGAUGAAGAAACAGCAUUGCUGCAUCUUGCUUUGGAAGAAACAAGGGCCAAGUUGGCUACGCACCGUGCCAAAAAGAGGUCCGAGAGUGUGGCAGAGACUCAGACCAACAUUGGCUCACAGAGUUCGAACGAUGUCGGUGUUGCUGACAUCCAAGGCCCAUCGAAGGUAACCACAAAGGGCAGGCCAAAGAGUAAGAGGCUCGGCUCUGCCCUUGAGAAGUCCAUCAAGAAUUCAAGACGGAGAAAACAAAAGAAUUCACCCCCGCAAGAGGUUCGUCUGGAUGCAUUUCAAGAUGUAAACCAUGGUUCUUUUACUGGCCUUAAUGUUCCCGAACAAGCCGGUGGUUUCAUGUCUUUGUUAAGCUCCUUCAACAAAAAGUAG